AUGAAAUACUUGCAGGGUCUGGUCACAGAGUUUCAGGACACUGACAGUGAGGAGGCUAAAGAGCAAGUGCUGGCAAACCUGGCCAACUUUGCCUAUGAUCCAUCCAACAUGGAAGCACUGCGAUUGCUCCAGAUCACUGAGCUCUUCCUGGACGUGCUGACAGAAGAGAAUGAGAAUUUUGUGGAGUUUGGAAUUGGUGGUUUGUGUAACCUCAGCAUGGAGCGGGAGUCCCGUGAUCAGAUCCUGCAAAGUGGCGGAGUCCCAUUAGUGAUAUCCUGCCUGUCGAGUAACAGAGAUGAGACGGUUCUCUCUGCCAUCACUACAUUAAUGAACCUGACCACAGCAGCCUCGCGCGCUGAGACCACAGACGGUGCUGUGGUGCAGUGCAUGCUGCGCUUCUCCCUCACACAGAACCCGCGCCUCAGGAACCUGGCGUCGGUCUUCCUGCAGGACUACUGCACACAGCAACAAGUGGACAGAGCUCAAGAGGAAAUGCAGGGACAAAGCCAAUCAGCGGUGGGGAUUCCACUGCCAAAGGACUGAACACUUGAUUUUGAUCUUGUAGUUGUUC